AUGGCCUCCCAGCAGCCCUCCGGCCUCACUGCUGAGCAGACAAAGGCCCUGUUCAACAUCCUCACCCAUUUCGAAACGUACCAUGAGAUCGAAGACUUCAAGAAGCCAGAAACCAUUUCCGAUUAUGGCUACCCCUUUGCGCAGAGCUCCAAACCCGGCGAGGCCGUCGCCUACGCCCCAGAAUCCUCCGCACCCCUCCUACAAUCACUCUUCACCAGAUUCGUCCUGAAGCUGCCGGGCGUCUCCUCCUUUGUCCCCGAGUUCUGGAACAUCCGCGUCCAGGGUAUCCUCAAGAACUUCGCCGAAGCCGAGCUGUCCGAGAGCUACGAGAAGGGCGCUUUGGGUACUAGAAAGACCCUGGCAACCGCCUCGUCCACUGUCAUAGAGACCGUCGCGCGUGGCAUGAUUGGUGGCGGACCCUACAGUGAUCCGGCGACCCGGCUAAAGCAGUAUGAUUUGGAGAGGGCGGAAGACCUGGCACAAGCGUGGGAUGAUGCUAUGCAUGACCUUGUUUACGGGGACCUCUGCGACAGCUUGCUCGACCAUCUUGCAGAGACGGACGAUUUUGAGUCGCACUCUCCAAUGACCAGGGCGGCGAACGAGUACAUCAUUGUUCACCUGGCUGGACUUGCCCACCAAGUCCUUGUUGUCUCCCCCGAGGGCCAGUACUUAGUCAAGCUCAUGGAGCAGGUUCACAAGAUGGUACCAUACAACAUGGUCCGGCAGACACUCAAGGUCGGUAAUGCUGCGACCAUGAUUGCAGGCAUGAUGAAGAUCUUCCUGGCCAAGCUCAGUGUCGGCUCGGUCUCGAACUGGUUUGGCCUCACAAAGGAUGCUGCAGACGGCAUGAAUCUUAUGCAGAGGAUCAUCUCCGUCAUCCUCGGCUGGGACUGCGCAGACUUCAAGAAGACGGUCGACAGGAUCGCCAAAGACAAGAACAGGCCAAGCAAGGGCGCCCUGGACGCCAUUAAGGCCCAUACCCAAUCACCUCCAGCCGAGCGCGAAGUAAUCCGAGCCAUGAGCGCGCAGCAAGACAAGUCCAUCAUCGCCGUCAUCCUCGAUACCGCGAACCCUAUCCUCUUAUCUGACCUCAGCGAGGAAGAGCACACGAUGUGCCUGGAGUACUACGCAGCACUGCUGGCUAUCCGCGACCGGGAAGAAAUCAUCAGCAUCCUCUGCAGGCAGAGCCCGGACUACCUCACCCAGGCUGUCCGCGAGGCAGUAGCGGGGAUGGAUCCUAUCAUCCGCGCCGUACAUAACAAGGUUGACCUCUCGGACCACGUCAGGGACUACCACAUGUUCCUUGACCAGUUGAUCGCCUGCAGCAAACCGAGGAAGGGAAAGAACAAGGACGAUCCGGAGACCAUGCCAACCGUGGAGGACUACGUCAAGCUGUGCAAGAACAACAAGCACCUCCUGUACAAGUGGCUGCACGCUGUAGGUGGUAAAUGCCCCGAAGUGAUGGACCAGUUCAGAGCGUGGGCAAAGGACUCCCUGGUUGCGUUCCACAAGACGAAGAAUGGCGGCGCGAGCAUCGAGCAGCAGCUCGGCGACAUUUUCAACCAGGUUCCCGACAAUAGCAGGGCGGCUCUACUUCCAAUCAUUGACGCUCACGCCGUGUACCUGCGGGACCUGGAAAGACUGUCCUUGACGCGGAUGCAGACCAUCAUCGAGGGCAGGUCGACAAGCAUGGCCGGUCCGGGUAUCUACUUGGUGCGGUGGCAGAACCUGAUGGACGACACCCUCAUCACGCCGGUGAGGCCCGUCGGCCCGGUGCGAUUAGGCAGAGACGUCCAGGGGGCGGCGCCGUCACAGGGUAAGCGGGGUUCCGCGUCGAGCGAUGCUGGCGAGAUCAUCGCGGCGGUACGCGACAUGAAUCUAUCUUCUCUACCUGAAGCGCCAGACGUGCAGGCCGUCAUUCAGGCGCUGGGGCCUAGGUUCAAGCAGUUGCUCACGGUAGCGUCUAGAGCCAACGGUCCUCCAAAGAAUGGCGCAGCCAAUGGACAUGCUGUGUUGGUUUAA